AUGGCUGUCCCUAUCAAGAACAAUCGCCGCAGUUGGUUGCCCUGGUUCAAAAAGGACCGCGCCAUGGACAACAACGAGGCUACCUUGUGGCUGUCGCAGUUCAUAGGAAAGAACCUGCGUAUCCAUGCUUCAGACGGACGAGUAUUUGGGGGCCAGAUGAAGUGUACCGAUAAGGACCAAAAUAUCAUUCUCGCCCUCGCCCACGAAUACCGCGCCCCCUCCAUAGAAGUCAUCCGAAAAGCCGUCCAGGACUCCGGCAACCCCUCGACUUCCGUGCCCUGGAACAGCCGCUACGUCGGCCUCGUUGUUGUGCCCGGGCAACACAUCACAAAGAUCGAGUUUGAGGAGAGUACCCUGCCGGGUCAGAGGACUGGUGUGACGUUGUGA